CGGUUAAGGCAUGGUUAAGGCGAACCUAGAGCCUAGUGCCGACGGAUGGACCACUCGCCAGUGGAGGCUGGGAUUCCGCGCGACUCGCACGCGCCACCCGUUUCAAACGAGUUCCAAAUUCGAACCGACGCAGAGUGACAGUUGGUGACUGUGUUUUGUUUUUUAUUAAGUGCGAAGGUUUGAUCAUACUGAAUUGAUACUACCUGGACGUAACGACAAUGUGAUUCAACACAGUGGUCCAAGCAACAACAACACGGACAAAAGAGUGAAACAAUGUUAAAAUGAAAGUGUGUGUGGGAUAAAAUCGCAAAUAACUAGGAUGUGAAACGAUGUUGGCAUGUGUGCGGGCGGGCAGAGAGGUUCGCGCGCCGGACGGACACACCGCGCAACACAGUGUGCAACACAGUGGGCAACGCGCACGAAGCUCACAGCGCAACUUCGAUUGGUGGAUUGUACUGUUUUUCGUCCUGCUUUGCGUUCGCAGCAGCAGGAGCGGCGUAUCACUGGGCGCGCACCUCGUGUGCGCACGCGUCGCCGGCCUCACCGACAAGCAGCGCAACAUGUGCCGCGCCACGCCCGCCGCCAUCGCCGCCGUUGGGGACGGCCUCAGGAUGGCGUAUGCAGAGUGCCGGCAGCAACUCUCGGGCCACAGAUGGAACUGCUCGGGAGUGGGCGACGGCAACGAUUUCGGACACAUCAUGCCUUUAGCUACUAAGGAGGCCGCCUUCACGUACGCCAUAACAUCGGCGGGCGUUACGCAUGCGCUGAGCGCUGCGUGCGCGCGCGGCGACCUGCCUGCAUGCGGCUGUGCUGCUAACAGCAGGAGGCGGCCGUCGACAGAGCAGUUCCAAUGGGGUGGCUGCGGAGAAGCCGCGUACGGAGCGAGAUUUGCGCGUAGAUUUCUCGACGCAAGAGAGUUGGAUGCAGAUGCGCGGGGCCGCAUGAACCUGCACAACAACCGCGUCGGCAGGAAGAUGGUGAAAGACCUGGUCCGCCGCGAGUGCAAGUGUCACGGCGUUUCGGGAUCCUGCGCCAUGCGAACCUGCUGGAGGGCCCUACCCCAGUACCAGGCUGUGGCCACCGCUCUCCGAGAAAAGUACAGAAAGGCCAAGCUGGUCGCACCUCAGCCACCGCAGUCUCAUUUGGUCAUACGCAGAUCAAAGCAAACGAUGGCGGUGGGCCGGCAGCCACGGAAGUCAGAGCUGGUGUACCUGGAGCCAUCUCCAUCAUACUGCGAACCUGACGCAGUCUCGGGGUCCCUUGGCACACACGGAAGAGUAUGCAACAGAACCUCUAGAGGUGAAGACGGCUGUGAGACCCUCUGCUGCGGCCGGGGCUACAACACCGUACGGGCGGUGAAGGCGACCCAGUGCCGAUGUCGCUUCCACUGGUGCUGUCGCGUCAGCUGCGAGACUUGCGUCGUCCGUACUGAGACGCAUGUGUGUAAAUAACCAGUGCUGAACCGUCCAACCAACUGAGACGACUGGCAACCGUACUGCCGUUGAUUCCAUUGCUGUUGUCGUGUGUAGCCAAGCCACAUAUAUACGUCGUCCACGCUAUGACGCAUGUAAAUAACCCGUGCUGGCCCCGUAGACAACAUGCCAAUCGCUAACGCUCCGUAGCGAACGAAACGCAACUGUCACUGUCACACUAAUAUGGAAGAAUGAUAGAGAGCCACAAAUCAAUUCGAUGGCGAAGCGAUAGCGAUUGUCACCUUGGCUAGGCCGCUUGAACCGUCAAAACUUGGACUGAGACUUCAAGCAUCCGUUCUGCCUUCGAUUCAAAUUAUGCUUUUUGACUGACUAGGUUUGAAAAUAAAAUACUUAUAACAGAAAUGAACGUGACUACUAUACUGCUAAUGAUUAUGUAGGUGUCGCAGUAUUAUCUCAUUGUACAAUAUCUGAAUGUGUUUUGAUGUUUUAUAUGUAUAUCUAAUCAAUCAGCUAAUUCCGGCCACCUGGUUUUAAAGCGAUUGUUUACAAUUCAAAUUCUAAAUCAGUUCUCUGAUGUCAGAGCCUUUUGUCCACUAUUUUUUGUCACGUAUUUGUCUAUCAUUAAUAUCAUUACUUAUCUGUGUUUAGGUACUCUGCCCUAUUCUGAAAUUCACCCCACUGAUGAUUAAACACAAUUUUACGAAAAACCUCAAAAACAAGCGCUUUAGCUACGGUGUUCAAUAAGCAUUUGUACAUACAUUAAUUAAUGUAAUGUCUACGUUAUCAUACUUAUUUGAAUAUUCUUAAUAAUGAUCUGUAUUAAUGCCUCCUAUUCAUAAAGGUAUUUUCUUGUUUUGAACGCACUCCUAAUAAAAUUCUUGUAUUCUUUUUUAUAGGUGAUUCUGAUUCUGAUUACGCUACCUACUUGAAUUUAUGCCAGUAACUGCAAUAGCUUUUUAAGGUCAACGGAGUAUUUUUUUGACAAACAAAUGUCAGCAUAAUUAGUUUCAAACCAUCCAAAGUUGUGUUGCAAACAAUACCUGAGUAAAUCGUUUUUGUGGGGCCUGAAAUGUAAACUAUUACAAUUAUUUAGGACUAAGGAUUACGUAGUAACUUAAGUAUUAGUGUCCGAUCGAAACUGGUUUUUUUGCCGAAACCGAAGCUUCAGUUUUGCUCUAGUUUCUGUCGAAUCGAAACCAAACCUUGUGCCGAAACAUAUUUUUGAUGCCGAAACCUGCCGAUAUCGAACUCAAAACUGCGGUCGAACACUACCGAAAAUCCGAAAACAAAACGAAACGACGUGCGGAUCCAGAAACCGUAAGCCGAAAAAUGAUUUUUAUGCAGGAACCUGCCAUAACUGAAAUUUCGGUCGGAUACUACUUCUUAUGUCCUUCCUUGGGCACGGCGUCAAAAACUAGUUUGGAACCCUAUGAAGCUAGUACCUACAAGAGUAUUUUCUUACAACCGUC